AUGCCCCUUCAGAAUACAAUGAACCGAGACCCGGCCUGGCCACCCGGCACCGUUCGAAUUGAAACACUCCAGAGAGGAGAUUUUACAGACUCGAGAGGCGAUAUCAUACUCCAACCACGCCCAUCAUCUGAUCCAAAUGAACCCUUGAACUGGUCUUCGAUGCGCAAGCAUCUAAAUUUCUUCCUGGCUUCAUUCUACUCCUGCAUGAUCUGGGCACUGUACGUAUCCAAUCUUCCAGUAAAAACUGUCCAUGACAUCAACUUCUCAAGGAUUGACGCUGCGACACCAACCUGGACUGAUAUGAACAUUGAACUUGGUUUCAGCUAUGCCAUACUUGACGACUCGUAUGCUGCAGGAUGUGGCGCCCUAUGUAUUGGAGCAUUUUUCAUGAUUCCCUUUGCUCUGGCAUUUGGUCGACGCCCCGUAUACCUGGUUAGCACCGCUGCUCAAUUCGCCAUCUGCAUAUGGUCUGCGAAAAUGCAGACUAUCACUGAUCUCAUGCUGGUCAAUAUCCUGAGCUGCUUUUUUGGAGCCUUGUCUGAGGUCAUUGUACAGAUGACUGUGGCAGAUGUGUACUUCGUUCAUCAACGUGGCUUGAUGAACAGUAUCUAUGUCUGGUUCAUGAACGGAGGAGCUAAUUUAGCACCCUUAGCUGCGGGAUACGUCACUGUCGCGCAAGGGUGGCGUAUGGUUUGGUGGUGGAUGGCUAUAUUCUUUGAUAUAUGCUUUCUUGCUUUCCUCUUUCUUUAUGAGGAAAGUAUGUACAAGGUAUCUGUAGGAGUAAUCGAUGGAAUUCCGUCCUCUGUCGGUGACCCUGAGAUACCAGCCAUAUACUCGACAGAGAAAAGUCAAGAGCAACUGCCUGAAUCUAUCGAAAAACUCGCACUAGAUGAUGCCAAUGUUGAGACCACUUCGCCACAGAUCGACGAUACCAUUCCUAAGAAAACAUAUCUCCAGCGCCUGGUACCUUUUUCUCAACCCCAGGGCUCACCUGGUUACUUUAUUCGACACUGCUACCAGCCUUUCCUCAUUCUCUUUACCAUUCCUUCUGUCUUUUUCAUGGCACUUAUAUAUGGCGCUAUCACCGCAUGCACAACAAUCAUGAUAACCACCUUAUCAUCAUACAUGGCCUUGCCACCAUACAACUUUGACUCGGCCCAGAUAGGCCUCAUGAGUCUCCCUUCAUUUAUUGGAACUAGCCUUGGUGUUCUAAUCACAGAACCAGUAAGCGACUGGGCUAUUCUGUUUCUUGCAAGACGAAACAAGGGCAUAUAUGAGCCAGAGAUGCGACUAUGGGUUAUAGCUGGUUUUAUCCCUCUGGUCCCAGCAGGAAUCCUCAUGUUCGGGAUGGGUUUAAAAAGGGGAAGUCCCUGGCCAUUAUUAGCAGUUGGCUAUGCGCUAUGUUCAUUCGGAACUGCACCUGCUAGUAGCGUAUCUUUGACUUAUAUAACCGAUGCUUAUGGCGAGAUUGUUGCGGACGCAUUGGUUGCUGUCAGCUUUGUUCGAAAUCUCUUUGCAAUUGCUUUGGUGUUUUCACUAGCUCCUUGGAUUGAGACCGUUGGCCUGGAGAAUGUUUUGUUACUAUCGCUGUCCUGA